AGUUCAAGUCGUGACUCGGACUCGCCUUAUUUCUACAUGUUCUCGUAAAACGGUACCUCUACGGUACAGCCAGAUUAGAAUACACCUACGAUAAAUAAACAAACUCGAAAAACUCCCACAAAUCCCUCGGGAUUCUUCCACGAUAUCAAUAAUGAUUUGUUUACUUCGAGCUUCUUGAAAACGUUCACAUUUCGGGAAUUCCCCAUCGAUCCCACCUACACCCCUCAACCCAUAAACUUAAGGACCGGCCGAUCGAUAAGAGGGUGAGAUUUGUACGAAAUGUGUUUGUUAAUCUGCAUAUCCACCUCGGGCGCAAUUAUUGUGGAUUACCGUUCACUUCGGGCGAAUGACCAUCUAACAUUGUUGCGUACCGAGUUGGAACGGACGCUACGUUAGAUCGUAGUAUACAAUAAGAAAGUUUCGUUGAUGAACGUGGUGAAAAUGACCGUGGUCCACUUUCUCCACAUCUAACGACGCGCCAUCAUGCUUGUAAAUAAAUAAAUAUCACCACAUUCCCCUAGAAUUUGUCUUAAAUCGAUCGUCUUGUUAAAAAUUGAAACGUUUUUUAUCACCCUCUGAAACACAACAAUGAAUAAUUGACACAAAACCGAUUGCUGGUAAUAAUUGGAGGGUAUCUUGAACCGCGCGACGGGAAACACACGGCUCCUAAUAAAUUGAUCUGGACUGAACGCGGGCGAUAAUUACAACUCGAGCGCCCUCUAGAAAUUAGUAGCGGAGGCCCAUAGGUCAGCUAAGUAGAAAUUCCAUAUGUUAACAACAAAUAUCGCGCGAAAUUCGAAGUUGACAAUUGUUGUAAACCUUUUGUUUAUUCUUCUUAUUAUUAGUACUGAUGAAUACUGUUCAAGGAAAAUCCAAUAUGAUAGGUUAAGUAGCGCUACGUGACCCGCCUUUUAAGUACUUCGCUACCCAAUGUUACUCCAAGUAAUUACUAAUCCUUGAAACACAUAAUGGUCUAAUUUUCCAUUGCGAGUGCGCGAAAAAAACAAAACAUCACAUUUUGUGGUCGCAAAACUAGUCACAGUGCGUUUAUAAUCGAUAGUGGUAAACGUCACGAUGACACCAACCCCCGAGUCGCAAAUUCUACAAGCGAACGCUUCUUUCGGCCUAAACCUCUAUGAAAUCCUGUCACGUAAAAAAGGUAACAUUUUUUUCUCCCCGCUCAGUCUUCAUGCCGUUCUUUCGAUGUUGUAUCAGGGAGCGCAGGGAGAGACGGCGCAGGCUUUAGCUCACGCCUUGAAAAAUCCGGAUGUUAAAUCUACAGCGGAAGGAUAUAGGGAUGUAAUCGCGCAUUUGGGGUCGCUCAAGGACGUUACUUUGCUAACGGCGAAUAAAAUCUUCGGGAACAAGGCGAAAAGUAAAUUUUUGAAAGAGUUUGAGGAUUGUGUUGUGAAGAAUUUUGGAUCGGAGAUUGAACUUUUGGACUUGGAGGAGCCGAAAAGUGCGGCUAGGAUUGUUAAUAAAUGGGUCGAGGAGAAAACACAUGACAAAAUCAAGAAUAUUGUGAAUGAGGCUUUGUUUAAUAAUAAAAAUUUAAGUCUGAUUUUGAUCAAUGCUAUUUACUUCAAAGGGGAUUGGUUGUUUACUUUUAAAGAGCAAUCGACUAAAAAAGAUAAGUUUUAUUUGGAUGACGAAAAUGUAAUUGAGGUGGAAAUGAUGCACCAGAAGGAACAUUUCUACUAUAAGGAGGACCAAGAUCUCGAGGCUCAAAUUAUUGAAAUGCCAUACAAGGGGUCUACAGUCAAAAUGAUGGUAAUAUUGCCCAAAAACGGCAUAAAAAAACUUGAAGAAAAAUUACCCAAAACAGACUUGAAGAAACUCACCGACGGCUUGAAACGUACCGAACUUCAUCUUUUCCUACCCAAAUUUAAGAUGGAAGAAACCAUGAAACUGAACAAAAUCCUAAUCGAAUUGGGCUUAAAACCCAUUUUCGACAUAAACCAUGCCAAUUUUAAGGGAAUUUUUGACACAAGUAGCCUCCAAGACAAUAUUUUUGUGAGUGAAGUGAUCCAAAAGGCGUUUGUUGAAGUCAACGAAACUGGAACAGUGGCGGCGGCGGCCACAAGGGCUGCCAUGGUUUUGGGUUGCGCGCCCGGUGCUCCCAAACCAGUCAUUUUCCGAGUUGAUCGACCCGCAAUUUUCCUUCUUGUGGCUUCACACGGCGAAGAAAGAAAUGUUUUGUUUUUAGGACGCUUAUCCCAUCCCGAGUGUUAAUAAAAAGGUAUUGGAAAAGUCUUCCAGAGGUGCUUGGCGGAAUAAGUAUAUAAUAAUAAUAAGUAUGUGCAUAUUUCAAAAAUAAAAAGUGCUAAAGCGAUAUUUUUAUAAUGUUUUAUAAAUUUCACAAACCACGCAGACAAUUGACGCGCUUGAUUCAAAUUGUGGCUAGAUUUAUUCACAGUUUUAGCACAGAUUCUAGAUUUAAAUGUAUAAUCUGUGGUAUUAGUGUAAAUCUUAUCUUAAGCCUGUAGGUAAAAUAUCUGUUACUGUAUUUCUGUUGCAUUUUAAAUCGUCGUUUUAUGAAAUUGAUUUUUGAAUGGAAAAGUAUUAAGGCUUGUGGAGAAAAUAAAUAACGGUUAUUCGCGAUUUUUAGUAAAUUUAUAGUCAAAAUUUUUAUUUGUCGUAUUUUUUACAAUUUGAGUGGUUUUAUACAAAUAAAAAGCUUUUGGUAGAAGAGUUUUUUAUUGAAUC